ACACAAACGGGAGUUGAUAGAAGGUAAUCCCCACCAUGGGAGGAGGCGUCCUGGCUUUGGAGGCGGGGUAUUUUUCAUUCAAAUCCUUGGCGAGUCCUAUAAAAAGGCAACUUUAACACAGUGGAUCGGAGCAGUUCAGAAGGAGUGACCGAAUUAAGUUUCAGUCUGGUCGGCCCAUACGAUAGUGUCAGAGAUGCAACAAUCUAUCGGAGUGGCUGUCAAGGCACUGAAAAAUGCAGUUGUCUGCUUAAUCCUGCUGCCACGUUUUGUCAUGGCAGCGCUCAUGCUAUGGUUGCUUGAUUUUCUAUGCAUAAGGAAGAAAGUGUUACUGAAGAUGAGAGAACAAGAGGGGAGUCCAGACGACCCCCCACUGUGCGUCUCCGAUUCGAACAGAAUGUUCAGCUGGGAGUCGCUGAAAGCGGUCUGGCAUGGGCAUAAAUUGGACUUCUUUAAAUCCGCACAUCUUGGAUAUGCAGCGCCGAACACUGAAGUUGUGCAGCUCGGGGAUAAGAGUAAAAGCCGUAUUCUUGACCACAUAAAAGGGAAGAGACCGCUAAUCUUAAACUUUGGUAGCUGCACCUGACCGCCGUUUAUGACACGCCUAAAGGCGUUCCAGCGGCUUGUCAGCCAAUACGCUGAUAUAGCAGACUCUCUUCUUGUAUAUAUUGAGGAAGCGCAUCCGUCAGACGGUUGGAUGAGCUCCGACGCUCCAUACCAAAUCCCUAAACAUCGAUGUCUGGAGGACAGACUGAAAGCAGCACAGUUGAUGAACCUUGAAGUCCCUGGUUGCCUUGUAGUUUCUGAUAGCAUGGACAACUCGUCGAACGUUGCUUACGGAGCGUACUUCGAUAGACUUUAUAUACUUCAAGACGGAAAGGUUGUCUAUCAGGGAGGCAGAGGACCGGAGGGAUACAGAAUAUCUGAACUGAGGAAUUGGCUUGAUCAAUACAGGAACAGUGUUGAGAAUUCCAGAACUGUGGUGAUUCAUGUGUAAUAACAUAUCGAUACUCUCAUGGUAUUCACUAAAUCCACAAAAAAUAUGCUUGAAAGCUGCUAUUUAAAUGUUAACGCGCUACAACUCUUCGUGUGUUGUGGCUUUUAAGUAUCAUUCUCACAGACAUGUUUUUACAUCCAAUGAUGGAUUACGUCGUUUACUGUGUGGUGAUGCAAAACGCAUGAUGAAUUGCUUGUUCUGUCUGUGUUCGUUUGUUUUCGCCUUAGUCAUAGCUUAAUAACUAACUCGUGAUAUCCGUUAGUUAUCAACUGUACAUGUGUAAAUAUGUGUUGAAAUACCGUUGUUUUAUUUCCUGUCACGUUCGUCAAAGUGUGACUGUGUGUGCGAAAGUGAGAGAAAAUGUUUAAAUGUUUAUAUGGUCAUUACCGUUUACUCUAGUUUCGUUGUGAAGUUCGGUUUUUAAAAGGUUCACAACCAGAAAACCGAUACUGAUGUAAUUUGAUACUAGAGCACUCGGCGACGAGUUUUCUCAAGGAUCUACAUAGCAAAUGUCUUGUUUUGUAAAUGAUGCAUACUUUUUUAAAGCAGAAUUUUUAUAAUAAAAAACUACUUACGCACUGA